AGCUGAGUGAGACUGCAGAGAGACAGACAGAUAUACAGCUCACCCACAGAAAGACAAGAGUUGGAGUCAUUGUCAUGUUGGUGGUGUUACUGAUCCUGCAUGCCAUCUCGUGUGCUCAUUCUCACGGGCCGCCGGGUGCCACCGUGCCUGGUAAGCAGUGCCCGUCUGCAUGCCAGUGUGAGGAGGAUGGCAUCCUACUGCUCGUGGACUGCUCUGAACAAGGACUAUCCAGUGUGCCAACCGACAUAAGUCCUUUGACAUCUUACCUGGAUCUCAGUAUGAACAACAUCAGUGAGAUUCAGCCCAGCGCUUUCCACAACCUGCACUUCCUCAGUGAACUGAGACUUUCGGGCAACCACCUGAGACACAUCCCUGGCCCUGUGCUCCAAGGCCUCUACAACCUCAAAGUCCUGAUGUUGCAGAAUAACCAGUUAGAGAGACUGCCCAGUGAAGACCCAUGGGAAUUACCCAAUUUACUCUCUCUGCGUCUGGAUGCCAACCUGAUUGUGGAGGUGCCAGCAAGGACCCUCUCGGGUAUGCGGUCCCUGCGACACUUGUGGCUUGAUGACAAUGCCCUGACAGAGAUCCCAGUAAGAGCCCUCAACGACCUCUCCUCGCUCCAGGCUAUGACCCUUGCCCUAAACCGCAUCACCCACAUCCCAGACUAUGCCUUCAGGAACCUAUCCAACCUGGUUGUGCUGCAUCUUCAUAACAACAUGAUCCGGACCCUCGGACAGAACUGCUUUGAGGGACUGCACAGCCUCGAGACUCUGGAAUUGAACUUCAAUGACCUUCAGGAGUUCCCUGUGGCCAUUCGCACACUCGCCAAGCUUCAGGAACUGGGUUUCCAUAACAACAACAUUAAGGCCAUUCCCGAGAGAGCAUUUGUGGGGAACCCACUUCUGCAGACCAUUCAUUUCUACGAAAAUCCCAUUCAGUUUGUUGGCAGAUCAGCAUUUCAGUUCUUGCCAAAGUUACACACGCUCUCUUUGAACGGGGCCACUGAGAUCCGAGAGUUUCCCGAUUUGAAAGGAACCACCAGCCUGCAAGUUCUUACGCUGACCCGAGCUGGACUAACCGGCCUGCCAUUUGAUCUCUGUCACCUGCUGCCUAAAUUAAGAGUGCUGGAGCUGUCACACAAUGCCAUAGAAGAGCUGCCGAGUUUCUACCACUGUGCCUCUCUUCAAGAGAUAGGCCUGCAGCACAAUCUGAUCAAACAGAUUGAGAUGAACACAUUCCGACAGCUCGGCUCUCUGCGCUCACUGGAUCUAAGCUGGAACAGGAUCAACACCAUCCACCCUGAUGCCUUUUCCUCUCUUCAGUCACUCAUUAAACUAGAUCUCACUGGGAACCGACUGAGCAGUCUCCCGCUCACUGGGCUAACAAGCCUCACUCAUCUUAAACUGAAAGGAAAUAUCGCACUCUCACGUUCCUUCAGAGUGGAGGACUUCCCCAACAUAAGGGUCAUCGAGAUGCCAUAUGCCUAUCAGUGCUGUGUUUUUGGAGCCUGCAAUAGCUACAAAGCUGCCAGCCAAUGGGAAGAACAGAUGGGCAGUGAAGAGGAAGAUCUCCAGAAGAAAGCUCUGUCCCUGUUCCCCAUUCACACUGACAAUAACUAUGACCUUGACUUAGAGGAAUUUCAGCUGGCUAUUGAAGAGUCCAAACUGCAAACCAGCAUACAGUGUACCCCCAUCCCAGGUCCAUUUAAACCAUGUGAUAACCUGUUUGACAGUUGGGUGGUACGGCUUGGCAUGUGGCUCAUCUCUUUGGUCUCGCUGAUGGGAAACAGCCUUCUCCUCCUGACAGUCUUUGCAUCCCCUAGCUAUCUCUCCCCUGUUAAGUUCAUCAUCGGCACCAUCAGUGGCGCAAACCUGCUUACGGGCUUGUGUACAGGCACCCUGGCACUGGUUGACGCCCGGACAUUUGGAGAGUUCGCCCUGCACGGUGCUCAAUGGGAAAUGGGUGCAGGCUGCCAAGCAACAGGCUUUCUUUCAGUUCUAGCCUCGGAGGGCUCCAUACUCUUCCUAACCUUGGCUGCAGUGCAGUGCAGCGUGUCCGUGUCGUGCGCCCGAGCCUACGGAAAGUCGCCCUCUCUGGGAAGUGUGCGAGCUGCCGCAGUAACAUGCUUGGCACUUUCGUUGGCAGUUGCCGCUUUGCCGCUAAUUGGGGUUGGGGAGUAUGGGGCAACCCCACUCUGCAUGCCAUCACCACUGCCGGACGGAGAACCUACCACUUUGGGAUUCAUGGUCGCUCUGAUAAUGAUGAACUCCCUGUGUUUCCUGGUGAUCACCGGAACUUACAUCAAACUCUACUGGGACCUGAUGAAGGGCGAGUUUGACAGCAUUUGGGAUUGUGCCAUGAUCAAGCACGUGGCCUGGCUCAUCUUCACCAACUGCCUGCUCUACUGCCCCGUAGCCUUCCUCACCUUCUCCUCCCUUCUGGGACUCUUUCCCGUGAGCGAGGAGGUUGUCAAAUCAGUCGUCCUGGUGCUUCUGCCUCUUCCUGCAAGCAUCAAUCCCUUGCUCUACCUCCUUUUCAAUCCGCACUUCCGAGAAGAUGCACGUCUGCUUUUGAGCAGAGCUCACCACCAUCAUGACCGCAACAUGGAUUCCUUUGUCUCUGUUGACACGGAGAAAAGCUCGUAUGAUUCCACCCAAGCCUUGGUGUCCUUUGCCGCUGAAGCAGAUGCAGCGUUUGAGAGUUCAUCAGCACAAAACUCAGAGACAGUUGCCAGGUUUUCUUGCCCACCCCCAGUGCCUCUCAUCCCAUGCCAGAUUCAGAUGAACCCCUCAACAGAGAGGGAUAAUGUUGCAGAGAACCUGGUGAGGUCAACACCAGGACUCAUUGUCAAAGAGCAAGAGCACCUUAGGAGCAGUGGACUGGACACUCAUAAUGGAACCUCCUUCUCUGGAGUCUACCACUCCACGCAUCUCUCAACUCAUUUUUAAUUCUCCUCUUAAAUUCUCCUCUUAAAAAAAAGUUUUUAAGGACCCUUUGAGCACAAGAAGUCAUGAGGCCACAUAUGAACUGACCCCUAAAACCUUCAGAGCGAAUGAACAAUGAACUGUUUUAAUUUGGGACUAUAUAUAACCAUACUGUCCCAACUGCUACAUGUCAUUCUUAAAGUAAAGAAAAAGAACAAAAAAAAAAAAAGGGAAAGAAAGCCUAAUCACAUCUUGUGGCACAAUCUUGUGGGCCCUUAAGUAAUUUAAGCAACAAUCUUAAAAUGUUCAAAAGCAAAUCCUCAUUUAUUUUUUUGUAACUUGUUUGUGUAAUUAGGUUUAAAUGAAUGUUCUGGGUUUAAUAUCAUCUCCAUCCAUGGUAUAUUGAUUUUCAAAAAAAAAAAAAAAAAAAAAGAUUAAAUAUUUUUUUGACUAUUUAAACAAGAAACAAAAAGUCAUGCAUUAUGUACAUACAAUGGAUGUCUAUGGGGCAAAGUACUGCACCGGCAGCGUUGCAUUUUAUUGUUUUGAACAUGGGACAUUCCUUUAAUUAGGAAAUAUCACAGGGAUGUUUGCUGAUGUACAAGGAGUUAUGCAUCUAAAUAUUUUAAUGUGAAAAAUGUCUCUACAAAAUGUUCAAUUCUUCUGUACUCUUAUGUACUUUUAUGCAUUCAUUUCCAAGUGUGUAUAUAUCAAAGUAUCUUUAAUUAUUUGCAAGUCAUCACUUGCUUACUUGCCCCUAGUGAAUAAUAAAAAAAUAAUAAUAAUAAUAAUAAAAAAUAUAUAUAUUUAAUGUAUGGGACGGUAAAUGUACAAUGUCAACUAAUAUUUAGUGUAUUGAAAGAAAAAAAAAAAAUGCCAAAAAACAUAUAAGCUAAAACAUAUUGCCAGAAACAUACUCUGCAAGUACACAGAAGGCUUGGUCAACGCUCUGCAAGCUCCAGUUCAUGCAUUGUGGCAGUAAGAAACCUUGAGGGGUGACAGAGAUACCUUCAAGUGUUCAUUCCAUUAAUUCAGGUAGCUGGCUAUAGACAUGUUAACAACUCAUUUUAACUAACUGACUUCUUCAAACUGUUGCUCCACCAUGACAGAAGCAAAAAUGCACCAUAGGAGACAUUAUCCUAAUUCAUACCAUAAUCCACAUGACAGACACAUAUAAAACAUAAAAAAAAAAAAAAUAAACGUAUUAAAACAUUUUAAAACAUUUUCGUAAUAAUUUGCUAUGCAACACAUUUCAGAAUUAAACAUUGCAUUAAAUUCAAACUUGCGUAACUAGAAGCAUUUGCAUUCAUGUACUUGCAUAGACUAUGGCCUUUAACUUUUUAUUUUUUGUCAAGUCCACAGGAUUAAGGUAGAGCAAAACAUGAAAUAUAUUGAACAUGUCGAUGCUAUAAACUGAAGAUUAAGAAGAACUAUGAGUGUUUUGAUUGGGUUGUUAUAAAGCUUGGUCGGGACCUUUUACAGAUUGUAAAGUAGGCUAGCUAUUGUAUUGUAAACUAUAACUACCUCUGAUCUAGCAUGCUAUACCUUUUUAUCCUUAUUGAUUUCUAUUCUUUUUAUAUUAAAUGUAUAUUCAAAUGUAAUUUUUAUAUUGAAAU